AAUCUUUUGCAAAAACACUUUUUCUUUGCGUUUUGCACUUUGCGUUCCUUUUUUCUCUUUGCAAUACUUUCCCUCCUUUGCGUUCCUCCGUUUUGUUUGCGAGUCUAUUUUGACCCCUUUUUGACGUGGGGGCGUGGGGAGAGGAGAGGGGCGUGGCUAUGGAGGAACGUCAUCAGCUGGAGCCUCUGCUCAGCCUAGACGCUAACCAGGCUGAACAACAGCUAUUUAACAGUUAUAAUUCAUAAGUUAAUUCUAAUCAUUUAUUUUACAUAUACCUAACUACUGAAUUAUAUAAUAUUGUUGUUUUCAGUUAAAUUAAGCAAAACGCUGAAUUUUAGCUUCUUUUUUAUCCAGCGUUCUUGCUGCAGUUACACGCGGCCGCCUGUAGAUGGUGGAUUUCUGCAAAAAACGAUCUAAAUAAAAAGGAAAACACAGAACGUUUAAUUUGGACUUCAAAAUAAUAUAGAUAAAAUAAGAUAAUAAAACCGAACAUAGCAUAAAAAAUAAUGUAUCAAUCUCCCUGUGGAAAUGAGUCUGUUCCAGGAACUUUUAUACAGAUACACACAAACACAUGACAGAAAAAUAAAAAAGAGGAGACUGUGAGAUAAGGUUAGACACACAUGUGCAGUGUGCCCAUAUGAAGUUAUCCUCUCGUCAGCAUUAAAGACCCCAAUUUGACUCCAUACUAUAUCUCUUCUGACUGGUUGGCACAUUCACGCGACUGCUUGUCUACAGCUUGGCAUUUUGUUCUGGUCGUAAGCUAGCUGUUCACAUUCUACAUUUCUGGAUCUGCGAGGCAGCCAGCACCUGAGCUGGGGUGAGAAGAGUAAAAACUCCAAGAUGGAUCAUCGGUUCUGCAGUGGAGGAGGAACCCCUGACCCAAAGCCAAAGCAUGCAGAACCUCCGGAACCCUGCAUUCUUGCAGUCAGCAGCAGAGGAACAGAACCUGGCUGUGUGUCUAUGAAUAGUGAGUGGUCUAUUGACAAACCUCCUGAAUACAGCAGUAAGGGAGAAGAACCCUGCUGUGCUUCUAAGAAGAGGGUCCGGUCCAAAUCAGAUGCCCUUGCAUUUAGCAGUGGACAAGGAGAACCAAGCUGUGCAUCUAUUAAGAGGUUUCGGUCCAACUCAGAUGCCCUUGCAUUUAGCAGUGGACGAGGAGAACCCAGCUAUGUGUCUAUGAAGAGUGACUGGUCUAUGAAGAAACCUCCUGAAUUCAGCAGUGGAGGAGGAGAACCCACCUGUAUGUCUAUGAAGAGUGACUGGUCUAUGAAGAAACCUCCUGAAUUCAGCAGUGGAGGAGGAGAACCCACCUGUAUGUCUAUGAAGAGGGAUCGGUCUACGGGGGAACUUUCUGUAGUCAGCCGUGGAGCUGUGCUGUCUGAUCCAGAGCAGCUCUUUACAAAAGCAGCACCGCACUCUGGACUCCUGCCGAAGGAUUCUCAUCAACCAGUGGAUAAUGUCCUGCACAGUCAUAAAAUUAUAAACAGGCACAAAACCAGCAUGAAAAACAAGUAUGAAAGCUUAUUUGAGGGAAUCAGAACAGAAAAAAAUAAAACUCUCCUAAACAGGAUUUACACACAGAUCUACAUCAUAGAGGGAGAGAGUGAAGGGGUGAAUGAAGAACAUGAGGUUUUACAGAUGGAGAAAACCCAAAGGAGACAGAGAGAAGAUACUCCAAUUAACUGCUCAGACAUCUUUAAACCUCUAAAAUAUCCUAAACAUCUCAAAUGCAAAGAGGAAAAAGAGGAUAAAGGGCCAGAUCUAAAAUGUGUACUGACUAAAGGCAUUGCUGGAAUUGGAAAAACUGUCUCUGUGCAGAAGUUCAUUCUGGACUGGGCCGAGGGAAAAGCCAAUCAGGAUGUAGAUUUCAUGUUUGUUCUUCCGUUCCGGGAGCUGAACCUGAUAAAAGAUCAUCAAUACAGUCUUCAUGGACUUCUAUGUGACUUCCAUCCUGAGAUUAAAGACCUGGAUCCAAAGUUCUUUAAUGAGCACAAAGUUGUGUUCAUAUUUGAUGGUCUGGAUGAAAGCAGAAUUCCACUGAACUUUUUACAGUGUGAGAAAGUAUCUGACAUCACCAUGAUCUCAUCAGUGGGUGUCUUGAUGACCAAUCUCAUCAGUGGGGAGCUGCUACCCUCUUCUUUAAUCUGGAUAACCUGCCGACCAGCAGCAGCCAAUCAGAUUCCUCCUAAACACAUCAACCGUGUGACGGAAAUCCAGGGAUUCAAUGACCCACAGAAGGAGGAAUACUUCAGGAAGAGAAUCAGUGACCAAGACCAAGCCCAGAAAAUCAUCUCCCACAUUAAGACAGCGAGGAGCCUCCACAUCAUGUGCCACAUUCCCGUCUUCUGCUGGAUCUCAGCCACUGUGCUUCAGAGAAUCAUUAAACAAUGUCACACAAAAAUACCUAAAACUCUGACUGAAAUGUACUGCUACUUCCUGCGCACUCAGACCAACACAAAAAACGAGAAGUAUGAGGAGAAAAAUGAGAGAGACCAAGAGAAACUGUUAAAAUCCAACAGAACUGAGCUUCUGAAAUUGGCUGAACUGGCUUUCAAACAGCUGAUGAAGGAAAAUGUGAUGUUUUAUGAAGAGGACCUGAGAGAGAGCGGCAUUGACCUGACUGAGGCCACAGUGUAUUCUGGGGUUUUCACUGAGAUCUUUAGGGAGGAAUGUGUGAUUUACCAGAGGAAGGUCUACUGCUUUGUUCAUCGGAGCUUUCAGGAGUUCCUGGCUGCUGUUUAUGUGUUUCACUGCUACAAGAGCAAGAACACGAAGAAACUGCAGUGUUUUGGUCUACUUAAUAAACAUCAUGAUUAUGAUUGUAGUGACAGUGAGUUCUCUGAGGACAAUAGUGCCAGUGAUGACUCUGAGGAUGAAAGCAACCCUGGAAGAGAUUACCACAGCGUUUUGUCUAGGAAUGAUCCAUUGAAUGAUCUGCUAAAACAAGCUGUGGAAAAAGCUGUCAAAAGUCCAAAUGGACACCUGGACCUUUUCCUCCGUUUUCUGCUGGGCAUCUCACUGGAGUCCAAUCAGAGACUCCUCCAGGGUCUACUGACACACACACACAGACAGUCAAAGAAAACCUUAGAGUACAUCAAAAGCUUAAUCAAAGAAGAUGGUAGACAUCACAGAUCUCUUUCUACUGAGAGAUCCAUCAAUCUGUUCCUCUGUCUGUCUGAAAUGAAGGACCAGUCUCUCUCCAGAGAGAUUCAGGAGUAUCUAAAAUCAGAGAAACACUCAGAAGAGAAGCUCUCCCCUGGACGGUGUUCAGCACUAGCCUGCAUGCUUCUGACCUCAGAGGAGGUUCUGGAGGAGCUGAAUCUGAAAAAAUGCAACACAUCAGAGGAGGGAUAUAGAAGACUGAUCCCAGCUGUGACAGUCUGCAGAAGCGCUGUACUUGUUGGCUGUGAUCUUACCAAGGCCUCCUGUGAAGCUCUAUGCUUUGCUCUAAAAUCAGUAAACUCCCCCCUGAAAGAGCUAAACCUCAGUAUCAAUGACCUGCAAGAUUCAGGAGUGGAGCUGCUCUCUGCUGGACUGAAGAGUUCACACUGUACACUGGAGAAACUCAGAUUAGCUACAUGUAAUCUUGGGAAAAAUGCUGCUGAAAGUCUGGGAUCAGUUUUAGAAUCAGUAAACUCCUCCCUGAAAGAGCUAGACCUCAGUAACAAUGACCUGCAGGAUUCUGGAGUGGAGCUGCUCUCUGCUGGACUGAAGAGUUCACACUGUAGACUGAAGACACUCAGAUUAUCUGGGUGUUUGGUUACAGAAGUAGGCUGUUCUUUUCUGGCUUCAGCUCUGAAAUUAAACCCCUCCUAUCUGAGAGAACUGGAUCUGACCUAUAAUCACCCAGGAGAGUCUGGAGUGAAGCUGCUCACCGAUCUGCUGGAGGAUCCACACUUCAAACUGGAGAAACUGCUGAUGGAGCAUGGAGGGAAACAUAGGAUGAAACCUGGACAAAAAAAAUAUGCCUAUAAGCUCUCUCUGGAUCCAAACACUGCACACCGUCGUCUCUCUUUGUCUGAGGAGAACAGAAAGGUGGAGUAUGUGGGAGAUCAGCCGUAUCCAGAUCAUCCAGACAGAUUUGAAUGGUGGAAGCAGGUUUUAAGUGCGGAGAGUAUGACUGGAUGCUGUUACUGGGAGGCUGAGUGGAAAGCAGAGAAAUGGAUUGACAUAGCCGUGACUUACAGAGGAAUCAAGAGGAAAGGAAAGCUUUGUGACAGUCAGUUUGGAUACAAUAAUCAGUCCUGGGGUCUGCACCACUUUUCUAACAGUUACUCUGUUUUUCACAAUAGCAAGAAAAUCUGUGUAUUUCCAUGUCCACACAAGUCUAACCGAGUGGGAGUGUAUCUGGACUGGCCCGCCGGCACUCUGUCCUUCUACAGCAUCUCACCUGAUACUCACACACCGACCCACAUGCACACACUCCUCAUCAGAUUCACUGAGCCGCUCUACGCAGGGUUUCAAAUUCAUCCUGACUCAUCAGUGUGUGUGAGUGAGAAAGAAUAGCAUCUGUUGUGUUUUGUACUUUGUUGCAUGUCUCUUGCCUACAUUGACAGCUUAAAAAGUCUGUGAUGUAUAGACAUCACCAUCUGCUCAAUAUUUUCUCUGGAGAUGCUUUGCAAAGCCUUUAAUUCAGCCAUCUUCAGAUCUUGGCUUGUUGCAGGUCCUUUUUAAAAAUUCUGUGUGAAACACAUGCUGAAUUUAAUUGACAUUGAGUGACUGGCAAUCUGGCAAAUUUUUAUGUUUGGGAUCAUUUCCUAGCUGUAGGCUAUACCUCAUAUUCACCUCAGAAUUUAUUAAGCUCCUGCCUUCAGCUUUUAUAUCAACAGUGAAGAUAAAUGUGCUAGUGUCUACAGUCUUUACUCUCGCCAAUCCAGAAUUCUACCGUACUUUGUGCAAACUGUAAUCUGGCCAUUCUGUUUAGUGGUUUGCACCUUGCAAUGUACCAUGUUUUUUGCAGUUGCAGUUACACUUAAAAUCCAAACUUUAAUCCAGUGCACGAAUUUGACCAGUCAGGUUAUAAGGAGCAGUAAAUCCACUCCGCCAAAUUGCAGUGUUAUUCAGAAGUUUCAGUUUAAUUCUCCAGCACCGAGGCUGGAGUAGCAUAAGCAUUAGCAACUGCUAUAUCCCAGUUCAGAGUGGAGUAUUAUCGGCCUUCUAAGCCCGGCUAGCACUACUGGAGUAGCAUUAGCAUUACCCACUAACUGUGCUCGCUAUUUCCCCGUUCAGAGGGGAGUAUUAUCGGAAUGUAACUCCGGCUAGCACUGCUGGAGUAGCAUAGGCAUUACCCGCUAACUGCGCUUGCUGUUUCCCCAUUCAGAGGGAAGUAUUAUCAUAGUGGCUCGCUAUUUCACGUUCAGAGGGAAGGAUUAUUAACCUGUAGCCUGCUCCUAACUCCGGCUACCACUGCUGGAGUAGCAUUAGCAUUACCUGCUAACUACGCUUGUUAUUUCACGUUAAGAACGGAGCAUUAUCUGCCUGUAGCCUGAAAAUGACAAGUAAAAACUGACAAAAAUGACAAAUAAAAACUGACAUUUACUAUAGAUGAAUAAAACACGUAAAAAAGGAAAAAUUGAUACAUAAAACAUAAGGAAUUUUUAUCUUAUGAAGAAAAAAAUAAUUAGAUCAAUAAAAUAAUACAACUAUUUAAAAUGAAUAAAAAAUAAUUAAUAUAAAAUAAAAACAAACAAAAAAAAAAAGAAUAAUAUCAGUUUCAGUUUCAGUUUCAAAUCAGUAAAACAGCUCACCAAAACCUCAACCUGUCCAAAUAUUGGACAAUAAUUGAUUAACUUUACAGGCCCUCACCCAUUUUCAUUUAUUUAACUAAACUGAGUUUUAUAUUCUUAUAUUAUUAUAUUAUUAUAUUCAGCCUCGCGCUGAAUUCAGCUCCGCGCUGCCGGAGAGAGCGCCCGCGCGCGCGCCAGAGAGAGAGAGAGAGAGAGAGAGA